AUGGCAAAGGGCCUUAAAUAUUCCAUUAAAAAGAGUUACAAACUACUGGAGGUGGAAAACCUGCCAACAUUAAUUUGUCCCAAUAUGAGGAGAGAUAUACUCUCUCCACUGCUUAGUGGUAAAGCUCUACGAAUAUUAAUUCCAUUUGCAACAUCCUCUUUGUGCGAUGCUGGGUUUUUGGCGGUCGCGUCAUGGCAUAACAUGGAAACUAAAGCCAAAUCUAAAAAUGCUAGAAUAAAAAAUUAUCGUGGAGGAGCUCCACUGAGAGAUAUUUUAACUAGCUGGGAGGAAAGCAUUGUAAAUUCGAUUGGCCCAACUACCAGCGUGGGACAUCCAGAGAUAAAGGAGUCAUUGAUUACAUCAGAUUUGGAUAAGGAGAAAGACCUUCAAGAAAAUUUAAUUGAACAUCUACUCAACAGUUUUAGUUUGGUUUCGGGUUUUGUUGAUCGUGAUUGUAGUUUAUCUAGUUUAUUAUGGCUGAAAAAGUGGUCAGCAGAACUAACAAUCAAAUUUCUUGAAGGGUAUGAAUCUUACCCGUGUUUAUGGGAUGUGCAUAGCAGUUCUUAUAAAAACAAAGAUGGUCAUGAAAACGCUCAUCAAAAACUUUCCGAAUUAAUGGAUAUUGAAGGCUUUGGAAUUGCUGAAGUAAAAACAAAAAUAAGUUCUAUAAGAAAUGCGUAUGCCUUGGAAUUAACAAAAAUUAAGAAGAGCCAACAUUCUGGAGCAGGACAGGAAGUGAAAGAAAUUUGGAGAAAACUAAGAGAUUGCCAUCGCGAUGCAUUGCGACGACAAGGAAAGAGAAAGAGCGGAGACGCUGCAAAGGCAAUAAAGUUAUGGACUUACCAGGAUGAGAGAAGCAAUACUAUUGAAGUUAACUUGGUUUCGCCUGCAUCGCAAGACUUUACUGAAGGAGCGAACGAAAACACACAAGAUGACGAAGUGGACCAGGCGGAAGAACCACAAUACAUUCAACGUUCUAGAGGCAAUACAGUCGCUACUCCUGAUACACCAAAUAUAGGUGCCAAAAAACGAAAAAUUGAUAUUAUGUUGUUUUAUGACUUAGAUAUUCACAAUAUGCCAGUCUCAGUUAUUUGA